UACAUGAGUCAACCAUAGCAACGCUUGUCAAGAUCCUUAUAAGAAGGAACUCAAGAAACCACAUUUUCUACAAAUCAAAACCAAGAUUCAACACACACACACAAAACCUUAAGAUUUAAACAUUUUUCAACCAAGAAACUAAAUGGCACAUCAGGGAGUUAAAUUGUUGGGUGCAUGGGCUAGUCCAUACAGCCGAAGAGUUGAAAUUGCUCUGAAAUUAAAAGGCAUCGAUUAUGAAUUCGUCGCGGAAACUCUGUCGCCUAAGAGUGCCGAUAUUCUUAAAUACAACCCUGUCCAUAAGAAGCUCCCUAUAUUCUUGCACAAUGGCAAGCCUGUUGUCGAAUCUCUUGUCAUUGUUGAGUAUAUUGACGAGACUUGGAGCUCUGGACCUUCCAUUUUGCCUGCAGACCCUCUCGGAAAGGCAAAUGCCCGUUUCUGGGCUAAAUUCAUCGACGACAAGUUGAUGCCCGCGAUAAUGAACAUUCGUCGCUGCCAAGGCGAAGAGCAAGUGAAAGCUAUCGACGAAGUAGUCGAGCUUUUUAAGUUGCUCGAAAACCAACUCAACGGGAAGAAAUUCUUCGGAGGUGACACAAUUGGACUAGUCGACAUCACGGCUAAUUUCUUAGCACUAUGGCUUAUAAUUCAUCAAGAGAUAAUGGGGCUACAGAUUGUGACCGAAGAGAAGCUUCCUGUAUUUUGUAAGUGGAUUGAUGAGUACCUCAACUCCAGCGUUAUUAAGCAGAGUUUGCCUUCCAAAGAAGAAUUAUCAGCCGCCUUGCUUGCCUAUCACAAAUCUUAAACACCCACUUUCGCGAGCUAUUCCUGUUUUCGUAACCAGUGCACGAGUUUCCCGGAAUCAGGUUCAUGAGAACGUUUCGGUUUAUUUUUCGUUUUGUAUUUUGAGAUUGUGUCUUGUAUUUGUUCCAGAAUUUCAGCAUUGUUUUGUUUAGGUAGUUAAAAUUUAAAACUGGUAUAUCUACCGUGUACUAGUUUAUCAGUUUCAGUAAUAAAUCAUUGGAUACUUGUUAAUCAA